CGAAUUCUAGAGAGAGAGAGAGUGAAAGAGAAAGAGAGAGAAAGUGCAGGAAAGGACCAUGGUUGAGUUGCUUUUUAUUUUCUCUGCCUUUUCAUCUCUUGAGUGCCAUCACAAACUCAAAAGCAAUUUUUUUUUGCCAAAAGUGGAAGAAAACUGAUUCCUAGUAAAUGACCUUUGAAAUCAAUCAAAGCCAUUCGAUCUCUCUCGAUUCCAUCGAUUCACAUACUGUUCGAAUCACUUGAUCAAGCAAUUGCUCUUCAAACCUUGAUCAACCCCUUUAAACUUCAGUCUCCACAAAAGCUAAGAGUUUCAAUACUCUACAACCCAUAAUCGAAUUCAAUCAAUGCUCUGGGGAUUUCGUGUGUGUGAGAUUUUGGAAGGUUAGGAUUGAUGGGCGGCGAGAGAGAGAUUGAGACGGAAGGGUUUUGUUGCGACGUCGAAAAAACGGUGUUCGUCGCGGUGGGGAAGAAUGUGAAGGAGAGCAAAUCGACACUGUUGUGGGCAUUGCAGAGCUUUGCUGGGAAGAACCUAUGUCUUCUUCAUGUUCAUCAACCUGCACAUUUAGUGUCACUAAUGGAUGGAAAGUUUUCAGUUAAGAAACUGACGCAACAUGCAGUUAAUUCCUGCCGGGAUCUUGAAUUGCAAAAAAUGCACGAAGUUCUAAAUCAAUAUAUUCUCAUUCUUACCCAAGUAGGGGUGCAGGCAGGUAAAGUUUGGAUUGAAAUGGACAAUGUUGAGAAAGGGAUUGUACAUAUUAUAUCACAGCAUAAUAUUAGAUGGCUUGUCAUGGGAGCAGCAGCAGAUAAAAACUAUUCAAAGAAGCUGUUGAAGCUCAAAUCCAGGAAAGCAUUAUUUGUGUGCCAACAAGCGCCAGCUUCCUGUCAUAUUUGGUUUGUUUGCAAGAGUAGCCUCAUUUAUACAAGGUCUGUGAACGCUAGCUCUUGUGUGGGGAGCAUCGUUGCAUUGUCUUCUCCUACAAAUACUGGUGGAAAAUCAUUGCUACAAAGUUGUGCAGAUGUAGAUGACGAUGAACUGGAGGGAGUAUCAAGGAGGUUCACUUUUCAAUGUAUGGUGCACUCAAUUAGGUCAACGGACAAAGUAGUUGGUAAUCUUGAACCAGCCCCCUUGCCGAUGGACGUAAUGAGCGGAGAUUGUUUACCAUUUCCUUUGUUGUACAAGUCCCAGGAUAACCUUCAUCAGUUGUCGUCUGCUAUUUUACUGGAGGAAAAAUCUCAAGAAAAAGCGGCCUGUGAAAUUUAUGAUAAACUAGAGCACGCCAUGUUAGAUGCCGAAAACUCAAAGCAGAAAGCAUUUGAAGAAUCAGUGAGGCGAUGGAAAGCUGAAGAAGAUGCCAUGGAAGCUAUGCACAAGGCUGAAGCAUCCGAAAGUUUAUGCAUGAAGGAGAUAAACCAGAGAAAAGAAUUGGAGGAAGUGCUCGCUAGACAAAGGCAAGAAUUAGAAACUAUGAAGAAUCAGCAUGAUCAAUUUGUAAAACAACUGCAGAUGGUCCAGGAACAGAAGCUGGUGCUAGAGAGCCGAGUUACAGAGUCUCAUCGUACGGAAGAGGAGUUGGAGGAGAAGAUCAUUCAAGCUGUGGAUCUAUUGGUGACUUUCAAGGGAAGAAGGGAUGAGAUGCAGAUAGAGCAUGCCAAUGCAAUUAGAGAAGUCAAUGCACUAAGGAAUUUGGUAGCAGAAGAUGCUGCAAGCUUAUGCAGGUCGCAGUUCCUUUCAUUGUCUUUCUUGGAGAUAAAUGAGGCAACACAUAAUUUUGACCCAUCCUGGAAGAUUGGAGAUGGAAGAUAUGGGAGUGUUUAUAAGGGCUUCCUUCACCAUAUGAAGGUUGCCAUUAAGAUGUUGCCCUCUCGUGGCUCACAAGGCCAUAUGGAAUUUGAACAGGAGGCGGGGCUUCUGAGUAGGGUGAGGCAUCCAAACAUUGUAACACUGAUAGGAACCUGUCCAGAAUCUCGGUCACUUAUCUAUGAGUACCUCGAAAAUGGCAGCCUUGAAGAUCGUCUUGCCUGCUGCGGCAAAACUCCUCCUCUUCCAUGGCAAACUCGAACUAAAAUUGCAAGUGAAAUAUGCUCUGCCCUUAUUUUCCUCCACUCCGACAACCCUUGUAUCAUCCAUGGAAAUUUAAAACCCACAAAAAUCCUCCUUGAUUCCAAAUUUGUCAGCAAACUUAGUGACUUGGGCAUCUGUCAUUUGAUUGCCCAAGAUGGAAAUCUAACUUACACGUCAACCUUGUGUAAUAAAACUAACCCAGAAGUAUCUGUGUAUAUGGACCCAGAAUUUCUUGAGACCAGAGAGCUUACUGCAGAAUCUGAUGUGUACUCAUUUGGGAUUAUACUGUUACGGCUUUUGACUGGGAGACCAGCCUUGGGGAUAGUGAAGGAUGUGAAAUGUGCACUUGAAAGGGAUAAUUUAAAGACAGUGUUGGACUUUUCGGCUGGGCCUUGGCCACUUGAGCAAGCUCAACAGUUGGCUCACUUGGCAUUAAGGUGCUGUGAGAGGAAACGGUUGGAUCGACCAGACCUUGUGUCAGAUGUAUGGGGUGUGAUUGAGCCGAUGAGGGAUUUAUGCACCUUAUCAUACCUGGAUUCCAAGGAGCAUCGCCGAGUUCCAUCUCAUUUUGUCUGUCCCAUUUUCCAGGACAUCAUGAAUGAUCCACACAUAGCAGCAGAUGGUUUUACGUAUGAAGCAGACGCGAUAAAAGGAUGGUUGAAUAGUGGCCACAAGACUUCACCGAUGACAAACCUAAAGCUUGAGCACUGCGAUCUACUCCCCAAUUUUGCCCUUUACAACACAAUUCAAGAGUGGCUGCAACAGUCCUGAAACCUUCUCAUGUUUUAGUUACUUUGCCGCCCAUUUGUCAUACUACAUCGGAGUGUCUUCACCCACGUUUAUGCUCCACAGAAGGCUCAAAUGUCAGAUUGGUGAGCAAAUGAACACUCAAUGAGCUGUGUUAUUGUCCAAUUUUUGAUCUUUACAAUAUGAGAUGAAAAUUAUUGUCUGAAACGGAGUUAUAAUUCCAUUUACAUUGUAAAGCAAGAAAAGUUACAAUUAAAUGCAUUAUGUAGCUACAACUUUGUAUAGACUAUUAUUUGUGUUAAUAUUCGGGUUCCAUGUUCACUGAUGACCGCAA